AUGACUACGCAGAACGUCGGCGAUGCCACUUCGGAAGACGGCAGGGGAGGAGAGGAAGCUGAUCAUCAACAGGAUACGGAAGAGGAGUGGGAUGGUGACAAUGAGGGCACGCGUCUUCCCAUCUCAUCGUCAAGUGUGAUGCAGAGUCAUCUUACUCGCCAUUUGUGUGGUGGUGUGUGGUGUCAUAUGGGAUUUACUCAACCUGAAUCUCAGUUGCUUCCAAUCACGAGAAAGUGGCCUGCAGUGACACCGACAAUGAUGACGUUGCUCUUGGCCAUGUUUGAGUUGUGUCGCGGUGAUAAACUGUGUCCGAGCUCCACCAAGCACUUCCGUCCCCUCACCCACGCUAGGGAACCGAAGCCCUCUGGAAAGGGAGGGGGAUGA